GAACUGAUUCUCCCAGCAAUGAGGAGCGAGUCAUAUGAUUGGAUUCAAUAAGAAACCGCUGAAAGAGGCUGGAGCGUCCGUGAGAGGGAGAGGAUAUUGCAGCGUGGCGGUGAUGCUGAUGGCGCGGCCGGAGAAGAUGCUUUUGGUUUUAUUCCUCCGGCUGAUUUAGCCUCGGAUCCUGUGGUUCCAGUCGCCCUUCGGACACCCUGCUGCAGCGAGAUGGCGGAGCGAGGAGAAGACAGCCCAGCGGCCGAACCCGAGCCGCUGGAGCUGUCGCUGGAGCAGAUCCUCCGGCUAUAUAACCAGCCGCUGAACGAGGAGCAGGCGUGGGCCGUCUGUUACCAGUGCUGUUGCACCCUCCGGAGGCACCGCCAGUCCCUCGCCGACGCACCGAACGCUCAGGGCCACCGGUUCUGGGGCAGGCUGAACGGGGCCAGCGCUGUACUUCUGCACCGAGACGGCAACAUCAGCAUCCGCGCCGAUUCAGAUAAAGGGGAUCCCUCGCGAUGUACAGAACCAGAGGUGAUCGAAUCUGUGGGAAUCCUGGUUUACAAGGCCUUAGACUGGGGCCUGAAGGACAAUGAAGAACGGGAGCUCAGCCCACCACUGGAGCACUUGAUAGACCGCAUGACAAAUAUCCUGGACGAAGGGCUAGCAGUUGAAGGAAGCCUGGAUGAAGGGUAUGAUGGUCAGGACGAAGAGGACGAACGGAAGGAAAUUACCACAAUAAGGAACUUUAAACAUGUGAUGAUGUUGUGUGCUGCUCAUCUCACAACCCCAUCGGAGGCCCCGAACCAUUACCCAGCUGUAUGCCGAGCCCUCUUCGCAGAGUCCAUGGAGUUACAAACCUUCUUGGCCAAGAUAAAAAGUGCUAAAGAGAAUCUGAAGAGAAUGCAGACACUUAAUGAGAAUGUAAGCUGCCAACCCAAUGUGGAGCUCGAUGAGCUCAAUAAUUUUGACUGGGCAUGCUUCUGGGUGCAAGUGAUGCGGGAUUUGCGGAAUGGUGUUAAGCUGAAGAAGGUGCAGGAGCGACAGUACAACCCACUGCCCAUUGAGUACCAGCUAACACCAUAUGAAAUGCUCAUGGAUGACAUCCGAUCCAGAAGGUACACCCUGAGGAAAGUGAUGGUGAAUGGGAACGUCCCUCCAAAAUUGAAGAAGAGCGCCCAUGAGAUGAUCCUGGAGUUCAUCCGUUCUCGUCCUCCAUUAAAUCCCGCAUCUGCCCGAAAACUGAAACCAACCCCACCUCGUCCACGCAGCCUUCACGAGAGAAUAUUAGAGGAAAUCAAGUCUGAACGGAAACUGCGGCCUGUGUCACCAGAUGAGAUUCGACGCAGUCGCAUUGUAAGGAGACCACUUAGCAUAUCUCACAGUUUUGACUGGUCAGACGUGGCGACCCCAGAGAAGAGCAGAAGGGACCUGUCGCCGCUUGUGGCCAAUGGAGCAGUUACGUCUCAAACUACUGAAAGUGACUCUUCUGCCAUACAGGUCCAGAGAAAGAAACUGCUGAAGGCACCCACGCUGGCUGAGAUAGACAGCUCCGAUUCCGAGCAGGAGGACCGAGUUAAAAUGGUGAGGAGCAGUUCCAGUGGAUCAACACUAAGGGUAGAAGAGAGCUCCCCAGAGACACCAAAUGGCAAAAAAAGUCCUUCAAUGUUCCUACCCAUCUCCUCAACACCACAGCCCGAGCGGCGGAAAGCUCCGCAAAGAAGGCACUCUAUUGAGAAGGAAACACCAACCAAUGUACGUCAGUUCCUUCCUCCCACUAGACAGAGUUCCAAGUCUCUGGUGUCCAGGCUAAGCAGUUUAUUACCUCGGAUGAAUCUCCAACCGUUUUUCCCAACCAUUCAAGCAGCCUCCAUGCUUAACUCUUAUCCUGUAGAAGCUGCGUUGUUUGGCAUCAUUGGGGCUGUGUAUUUACUGUGUGAGGGAGUCUUUACCAGCAGGUGGAAGAGACCAAAGGAGGAGUUCUGUUACCCGGUGGAAUGCUUGGCUCUGACAGUGGAGGAAGUGAUGCACAUUCGUCAGGUACUGGUGAAAGCAGAACUCGAGAAGUACCAGCAAUACAAAGAUAUCUACACUGCCUUGAAGAAGGGGAAGUUAUGUUUCUGUUGCCGAACAAAGAGGUUCUCCAUCUUCACCUGGUCGUACACCUGCCAGUUCUGUAAAAGGCCGGUGUGUUCACAGUGUUGUAAAAAGAUGCGACUGCCUUCCAAGCCCUACAGCAAUCUCCCCAUCUUUUCCUUGGGACCAUCAGCCAUGCCGAAAGAGGGGAAAGUGAUAAAACCGGAGAAGAUGCCAAGCAGCCGGCGUCGCCAUGAUGGGCAGCAGAAAGGUCUCGUCAGGUUUCCAUCUGUGUCUAAAUCCUCAGAGAAGACAACUGAAAGCCUGGAGUUUCCCAAAGAGCUGAUGGAGGACUGGAGCACGAUGGAAGUUUGUGUUGACUGUAAGAAAUUUAUUUCAGAAAUCAUAAGCUCCAGUCGACGAAGUCUUGUCCUAGCGAACAAGCGUGCACGGUUAAAACGGAAAACUCAGUCUUUUUAUAUGUCCUCCACAAGCACGUUGGAAUUUCGACUGGCGACGCCAAAGGAGCGAACUAUAAAAGAGGUUUAGACGUGCCUUUUUAUUUUCUCUCCUCUUCCUGAAGUUUCUUUUGUUGAACUGGCAUCUCAGAAGGAAAUAACUGGAUCCAUAAAACACUGGAACAUGGGCUGAGUAUGCUAAAAUUCCCAAGUAUGUAACUUUCACCUAAUAUCAAAAGCCAGAAUUCAUUUAUAUGGACAUAUCUUUGUGAAUGGGUCUUAUCAAAGAAGAAAUAAUGUAAGUUACCUGUAAAUAAAUGUAAUAUAUUUUAUUAAUAGGAGUAUUUGGGCCCUACUGACAUUGGUAAUGGGCAUCUUAUUGCCACUUGCAACAGUUGAAAAUUGACAACUUGUAUAAUAUUUAAUCAGUGCAGUUUAUGUACAUGGAAUAUACAACAAACAGACAAAGAUUAAUCUGGAACAUCUGAGUAAUCAUAUGCCAUGUUUGUGUCUAUAGACUAGUGAGGAAGAUUGUUUUGGAUGUGAUGGGCACUGGGGGCUCACUUUUCUAUGAAUUUAAGAAGUUAUUUUAUGUCCUAGCAAGGAUGAUGAUGGAAUUAUCACACUGUUCACUGAUAAAGCUCCAGAAAAUUGUCAGUAUUUGUUAGACUGAUUGGUGGACCCUUGCUAAAUGCCAGCUUACGCAAGACAAGUUUUGUACUUAGAUGAAGUACUUGUUUCAAUGCUCUCUUUUAAAACCCUUUUGAUUUUCUUUCUGACUGUAGCAUCAUGAGCAGUUGUCCUUGGAGCUAAUCAGGCUAGCAGAAUGCAACAAAUCCACUGCUAACUCAAUUAUUACCUUUCCCUCUUGGCUUAUUGGUUCCCAGCCUGAACACUUAAGGAAUAGAUUGCCAUCAUCUCCAUGACCUUUCACUCCAACCCUCCCUUCUCCCACCCACACCCCAUGAGCCUGUGUACCUGGCUGUGCUACAAUACAUAGUUUCUAAAUUAUAUUGGAUAGCUGAUAUGAACAAGACUACCAUUCAGUUCACUUGUACCACCGAGAUUCCUGUAUGUUCCUUGUAAUUGCAUUAAAAAAAAGCACUGUAAUCUU